CUGAAAACAUCUGAAUUCACAUCUCUUUUCUCUCUAUCGGUCAAGCAUUUAAUCAAACACUAUCUAAUCUUUUUUUCUCGCACCAUCUCUUGUUUGUUAUGGAAAUAUCGCCUUUCCCAUUUCUUAAUCAAGAAGAGAUUUCACAUUUGUACAGUCUCUUCCAAGACAUUGACAGCAACACCUUGGCAACCAACAGCAACGCUCAUUUAAAGAGGCGAAGAAAGGAUGGCGAGGAGGAUGAAAGUGGAUGGAAGAAAAUCAAGAGCAGCAAUAAUAAUUCAGUAAUGAGCGACAUCCUCAGCUCUCUUAUUUUAUUGGAUGAGGAGGAAAAACAAGAAUACCAGCAGUGGGCCAUUGAGUCGCAACUAGACAAGGCUGCUCUCGAUUGGAAUCAUAAGCAAAAAGUUGUAGCAAUGAAUGACUACCGCUCUGACCUGGAGGCCAAUUUUUCCGAUCUAGACGAGAUGGAUCAUACAAGAACUAAACGUGCUCGCCGUGCUGCUUCUGAGGUUGCGACUGCCGCGGCUGUAACUGAAACUGCACUGCCUUCAAGUGGGCCGGGAGGAGGAGGGUCAGGCCAGCAGCAACAACAUCGGCGUUUAUGGGUGAAGGAUAGGUCAAAGGAUUGGUGGGACAAGUGUAACCACCCUGAUUUUCCUGAUGAGGAGUUCCGAAAGGCAUUUCGGAUGAGCAAGGCCACGUUUGAUUUGAUUUGCAUGGAGUUGGAUUCUGCCGUGACCAAGAAAAACACAAUGUUGCGUGAUGCCAUUCCGGUUCGCCAACGCAUUGCUGUUUGUAUCUGGAGGCUCGCUACCGGUGAGCCUUUAAGGCUUGUGUCCAAGCGGUUUGGAUUGGGGAUCUCUACUUGUCAUAAGCUGGUUCUGGAAGUUUGCUCCGCCAUAAAGAAUGUCUUGAUGCAGAAGUUCGUUCAAUGGCCUGAUGAGGAGAAAAUGAAGAUGAUCAAGGGAGAGUUUGAAUCAAUGUCAGGGGUACCUAAUGUUGGUGGAUCAGUGUACACUACUCACGUACCAAUUAUUGCUCCGAAGGUUAACGUGUCAGCUUAUUACAACAGGAGGCAUACUGAGAGGCAUCAGAAGACAUCGUAUUCUAUGACAGUUCAGGGAGUUGUGGAUCCUAGAGGUGUUUUCACUGAUGUUUGCAUUGGUUAUCCUGGUUCAAUGCCCGAUGAUAAAGUGUUGGAGGAGUCUGCUUUGUUUAAGAGGGCUAGUAGAGGGGAUUUGAAGAAUGUUUGGCUAGUUGGGAAUUCUGGACUCCCUUUGAUGGAUUGGGUUCUGGUGCCUUACACACACCAAAAUCUGACAUGGACACAACAUACUUUCAAUGAGAAGAUCGGGGAGAUUCAAAGGGUCUCUAAAGAGGCAUUUGCUAGAUUGAAAGGGAGGUGGUCAUGCUUGCAAAAAAGAACUGAAGUUAAGCUCCAGGACUUGCCUGCGGUUCUUGGAGCUUGUUGUGUGCUGCAUAACAUUUGUGAGAUGAGAAACGAGGAGAUGGGUCCAGAGCUGAAGUUUGAUCUUUUCGACGAUGUUAUGAUCCCUGAGAAUAGUCUUAGAUCCGCUAGUGCAAUACAGGCAAGGGAUCACAUUUCUCAUAAUCUCUUGCAUCAUGGCCUUGGCGGCACUUCUUCUCUUUAGCCACCUGAAUUACAUUAUGGUCUCGUAGCUGCUUAAACUAUUUGUAUUCUUUUUUUUUUUUUGUGGUGGGAGAGCUUUGGUUAUCUUGUUGUCUAUUUUUUUGACGGGUUCUUGUAAAAUAUAAAUUUGCCCGUCCUAGCUAAUAAACAAAACAAGUGUACUUGCUUCCA